AUGACUGAAGGCAACGCUGGAAGAUCUGCUUUUCUGGGUUUCAUGGAGACAAGAAAGAUUUCUGUGUUCUGUUACUGGAACGGCUGUAUAAAAGAUGGUCCAUUCUAUGAAGGAUCAACUCCAAGAGUGAUCCGGGUUGAGAGCAGAACUGAUUUACCCACAUUGUUGAGUGAUCUGCAUCGAGUCACUGAGUUUGAAAAAGGAAAGUUCCAGAUGGAUGUGAUUGGUAGAUACCCUUCCGUAGUUCAACAACCAAUGGUGAAGUCUAUGCGUUUGCCCAUCGUGGAUGAUUCUAGUCUUGAGACCAUGCUUGAGGUUCCAAGCUAUCAUUCUUCUAUCAACAGUGUGGAGUUGUACUUAGAGGUCAAACCGGUUUCUCAUGAUGAAAGUGCCAAUGUGAGAAACCCUCGUGAGAAUAACAAUAACGGGUGGCUUGAAGAGGAGAAUAGUACGGAUGACGUAAACUGCGGUAAUAACGAGGCUGCACAGAAAGAUUCAAAGAAGAAAAAGCCAGAUCUAACGAAAGAGCUCAGCAAUAGUGUCUCAAAGCAAUAUAUUUUGUCUAGUUCAUGGCUUACUGAACGCGAGUUGUAUGUUGGGAUGCUUUUUAGAGAUCAAGAGGAGCUGAAGAAAGCAGUGAAGCUCUACUCUGAGAGAAGACAACGAGACUACGAUGUGUAUGAUUAUUCCAGUAAAAUUCAUUUCAGGUGCACAAAGAUCUGCGGAUGGGAUCUCAAGGCAGCUAAAACGAAUGGAAAUGGCUUCGAAAUAACUGAAUACAGAGGUGUACAUACUUGUAAGCCAGCAAAUGUGGGCUCCGAUUUUUUGGCAGGGGAGAUCGAAUGUCUGAUAAAGGAGAUAAGUUUGCUAAAUAUGUCAUGA